AAUCGUCAGUUCACUCGCCGCAGUUUGGCGGCCGGUCGUGAGAAUGGUGCGUUCCGUACAUGAACAAAGGGAAAUAAUCGUUUGCAAGUGUAAAGUAGAUGAUGUCGUCUGAGUCUACUAAAGUGCAGGUGGAAUACAUCAGUGAGGACAAGAUUAUCAAGGAAGAGAGUGGCAACCAGUCCCCGCUGGCACUUCUUGCUGCGACUUGCAGCCGCCUCGGCGGAGCCAACAUGGGGCCCGAACAGCAACAACAGGAAAAGGAACAACAACAACAACAACAUUACAGUCCACAACAACAACAACAAGCGCAACAGCAGCAACAAGCACAGCAACAGCAGCAGGCACAGCAGCAGCAACAGCAACAAGCGCAACAACAGGCACAACAACAGGCACAACAACAACAACAACAACAACAACAGCAACAACAACAACAGGUCCAACAGGCUCAACUAGUACAACAAGUGCAAGGGGACGCGGCAACUCUUGCCGCCAUACAACAACAAUAUUUACAACAACAACCUCAAUUGAGGGUCAUUAGUACCGCUGUUGUGCAACAACUUAGAGCUCAAGGUCUAACAGGCAAUGAAUUAUCAGCGGCAAUAGUGAACGCAGCCAGUACUGUCCCCAAUGGCAUACAAGUGCAACAGCCACAGGUAAUAUCGAUGCAGCAGCUGCAGUCGCUACUGGGCAGCAGUGAGGGCGCCACAUACCAGAACGCGCCGCAGCAGCUGCUGCAGAUACACCCGCAGCUGCUGCAGCAACAAGCUGGCGGCGUGUACGGAGGGUGCCUGGUGGGGGGUGUGGGCGGGGUGGGGGGCGUGGCGCCCAUGCAGGCCGUCACCGUGGACGGACAGGAGGCGCUCUUCAUACCCGCACAGCACGCACAAAACUUCUCCGGCAUGGGUCAAGUGAGCCUGGUGAACGGCCAGCUGGUGCGCACGCCAGUGCUGCCCGCUGGCUUCCUGCAGAAUGUCAUGCACUUGCCUGCUGAGCAACAGGCCACGGUCUCGAUCCCGGGCUCUAACAUAUCGAUACCGUUGAGCGCGCUGGCCGGGAACCCGCCGGUCAUCACCAUCCCCGGGAACUUUUCCCUCCCCGCCGGCAUUCAGAUCCCCACGAGCCAGGCCAUCACUAUCGCCAGCUCGCCCCUGCCCGCGGACAAGGGCGGCGCGAAGGAGGCUAAGUCUCCCGCCGCCAGCCCGCACGCGCAAGGUGGCGGUGUAGCUGUCCGCGGGGGAGUGGGCAGCGUGGGCGGGAUGGGCGUGGUACCCGUGCAGGUUCCCGUCAGCGUGGGCAACGGGCACACCGUGUACCACACUGUACACGUACCUGUACACGCACCACACCAUCUGCAAAUCAUACCACAAUUGCAACAGAUGCAAGCCCAGCCCCAAGUCGCAAAUGUUUUGACCCCGUCGGGUCAGAUUCAACAAAUACAAAUAGCAUCGCUCGGAAAUGUACAGUCGGGCGGCGCUGCGCAGGCGGCGGUCAGCGCGGCGCAGACCCCCGCCACCAUCACGCUGCAGGCGGUGUCGAACCCGAUGCAGUCGGAGGGCGUGGGCCAGCAGCAGAUACUGACCAGCUCUGGGCAGCAGCUCACCGUCAUCCCCGCCAGCACGGCCGUCAGGAACGUCGUGCAGAUGCCGACGCUGGGCGUCAGUGGGCUUGGCGGCGCGGUACAGCUGGUGCCAGCCGUGAUGCCGGGCGUGCAAGGCGUCCAGCUUGCACAAAUGUCACAACAACAACAACAGCAGCAGCAACAACAACAACAACAACCAGUCAUUGAGGCGACAUUCACGGGGCAGCAGAUCCAGCAAGACGCGUCAGAACCUGGCAAGUGGCAGGUGGUGACAGUGAGCACGGGGGGUGGGGCAGGGGCUGCUGCGGCCGGAGCAGCCGGGGCCGGGGCGGGGGCGGAGUGCGAGAAGCUGCGCGAGCCGAGCCCCACACACGGCAAGCGGCUCAUGAAGCGCGUCGCCUGUACUUGCCCCAACUGCGAUCAGGGAGACAAAUUGGCUGAUCGCAAGAAACAGCAUGUAUGCCACAUCCCCGGCUGCAACAAGGUGUAUGGGAAGACAUCUCACCUGCGAGCUCACCUGCGCUGGCACUCCGGAGAGCGACCCUUCCUCUGCAACUGGCUAUUCUGCGGGAAGAGAUUCACUCGUUCUGACGAGUUACAACGUCACAGACGCACUCACACCGGAGAGAAGAGGUUUGAGUGCCCCGAGUGCAGUAAGAGGUUCAUGCGAUCAGACCACCUCGCUAAACACGUGCGCAUACACACCAAGACCAGGAGCACGGUAACACACUAUUCAAUACUACCGCAGGAAACAACAACAGCCAAUCAGCUAAUGUAUUCAGACUCUGGAGACGACAGCUGUGACGACAAGAUGAUGCUGACCAUAGAGACGAUCCACACUGCCGGCGAGGGUGGUGAGGGUGAUGAGAAGCUGGUGAUGAUCAGACCCGGUGCCAAGCUGGAGACGGAGCCGGACAGCUAGGAGGAGGCCAGCGACGCAUAGUGCCGUCGCUACACGCGCAGUCAGUGCAAACUGCAGCACCACUGCCGCUGUGAUUGACACUGAACAGUGAAUACAAUAGUGUAACAUAGCCUAUUGUGAAUAACAGUGAUUCAGUUUAUUGUGAACAGUGCUUAAUAUAACAAUAGUACACUCAGCUUCAUAAAUAAGGACCAGAAAAACAAAUAAGCUACGAACCAAUACAAAUUUUAAAGAAACAUGCCAAAUUGUUUGUUUCAAAAUACAAUUUUGUAUGCCUACUUAAAAAAAAAUGAACUAAACCAUAUUUUUCAUAUAACUCAACAAUAUGUGUACAUUUACAACAUUUAAGAAGCUGAUAUACAAUUAUGGUUUCAAAUAUAUGUAUGUAUCUAUAAUAUUCAGACAGAUAAGUAUAUACAUUUUGAAACUGAAAUUAUAUACAAGCUUAUACAUGUAUACAUAUAAGUGCAGCUAACUGUACAUAUACUAACAUAAAUAGACUAAAUGGCAAUUCAGUAUUCUGUGAAUUGUGAUGUCCAAAUACAUCUCUAGACAUUUUAAAUACUGUAAAUAGACAUUCAGUUUACUAUACAGUGGAAGUGUAUAACUAAAUGUAUGUAAAUCAGCUAACUUCAAAUGAUCAGUUCAUAUAGCCUUGAAGUAUUGAUUGCUCAAUCAGCUCAUGGCUCAAUUCAACAAAUCGUACAUCUAUGAAGGUACUGAAGUAAUUUAUGAGCUGGAUCAGUGAUCUGUGAGCCAAAUCACUGAUCUGUAGCCAAAUCACUGAUCUGUAGCCAUAUUACUGAUCUGUAGCCAAAUCACUGAUCUGUGAGCCAGAUCACUGAUCUGCUCAUACGGAUUGAGCUGAACAGAUCAGUUUUAAAUGAGUUACAUAAGUCUACGUUUGAAUUUCUGUUGCUACAGACUUUUAUUGUGAAUUGAAACAAAAAUGGCUUUGUGCUUGGAUUUAAUUUGUUUUUAUAUUCAAAAUGUAUACAAAUUAUAUUGCAGUAAAUACAAAUCCACAUUUUAAAUUCAUAGUAAAUACUUAAUAUCCGUCCAGUAAUUUCUAACGAGAAUAAAAUAAUAUCGAAAUUUCUUCAAAACAAAAAAUUUCAAAAGUCUGUCUUUUAGCGAUUUCUUUAAUAAGCCUUAUAUUUUAUAAUCUUUAAAGCUUCCUUAGUGAUCAUUUAACAACUAUGAGUAUACUUAUCCUUUUUAUUGUAUCCAUGACUUUAAUUUUUUUAUAAUAAGUACAGGGGUAAAUUGUAAUACAAAUGUAUAAAUUUCUUAUUCGUAAUUUGUAUACGAUUAUCAUUUGUAUAGAAUUCCAUUUUUAGGUUAAUAGAAUUGAAUAAAAAAAUAUUUUAACCAUAGUGAUAUUAUUUUAUGUAAACUUGUAAUAACUUAUUUAUGUACAGUUUAGUGUUUUUAGUGGAAAUUAUGUUAAAUCUAGUAUUAGCUGAAAAUGUAACUUCAUUUUCUUGUAUUGUCGAAUUAUGCACAUUUUAUUGGCUUUCUUAUAAGGAAUUAGUUUUUUACCAUAACAAUCUUGUAUAUUUUGUGUAUUUUAUGUUACUGUAACCGCCUAUAUUUUAGGUUUAAAUGUCUUAAUUGUAAUAUCAUGUCU